AUGUCCAAUCCUGUGCUGUCUCGUCUCGCUCAACAACUUGUCCUUGCUGUAGCACCAGAGUUGAGAGAUGAUCGACCUCAAAUUACCAUUAGAGCCACUCGUGUAAUAAGGGACAUCAAAGCGAAUUCUCAAGGAAGUGCGAGAAAGGAAUGGGAAGAUGUGACUGGAACCAUUCAUGGGCUAUCGAGAAGUGCGAAAAUCAGAGUCCAGGAAGACUUGGCAGAAGCAUUGCAGAAGAAUUUGCAUCAAUUAGAGAAAUGUCGUCAGAAAGGCAAAACAUCCUGGGAAGGCGAUGGUGAAAUCAAGCUUAGUAACCUGCCUCAAUAUGUCCAUCUUCUGUUGAAUCUUGCCGAUAAACCUUCUACUUCAACACAUGAUUUCGCCUAUUCCUAUCUACAUCGCGUUCCACCAUCAGGUCCUACGGCCGACCAAAUACUGUAUCGACAGAUAAUGAAUGAUGAACCGUUUGAUCCAGGAGAGGUAUGGGAUGAAGAGGUCUUAUCAGGCUGGACUGAAUCUGAAGAUGAAUCCGAGCGAAGCCUAUCAUCUGAUUCAGACGGCAGUCCGACAGAAGACGAGGUAAAAACACCCAGCUCGUUUGUUCUUAGAGCGCAAAAAAAGAAAAAUGAUGAAUUGAGACGACGAGAGAUAGAGGAAGAGAGGAAGCAAGACGCUCUGGAAGUAGUCAGAGGACUCAAAGAAGCAUAUUGGCUCAAACCUGGUCAAGUACAAGCAAUGCCAGAUGGUAUGUACGGGUGGAAAGACUUAAUCACUAAGACGAACACUCUGUCUCUAAGUCGUAGAGUCAUCAAAGAUGGGAAAGAAAAUGACAAAGCAAUCACUCCUGCUCAAUUGCAGCGGGAACUAUUGUUUGCCUUGUCUGGCCGGUCAGGCGUUUUAUUUCACUUUAAUGAAGCAGGCAUAUGCUCGAUUACACCUGAACAUCCCCAAGUCCAUCAUCUAUCCCCCCAUGGCCUGGACGACACUCUCAAAACCUUCAGACAUUACGCUUUACAAGCUGCGUCCAUACGGAGAUUUAAUGAUCAGGUUUUACAACCAGUCCCAUUCAACUUCAAUACCAACUCGAAGAUCAGCAAUACGAUAAACUUCCCUAACAAAACUCAACAAGCUUUCGCAGCAGCUUGUCGGGAUAUUAUGGCCAAAUUCGAUUUAUGGGUCUCGGAACUCGAGUCCUCAUUCACUUUUGGUAGUAGUCCUUACUCUUCAUCAAGUUCUAUACCAGGCGUUUCAGCUGCUUCUACCCCGUCACUUCUCCGGUUAGAAUUUGAGAGGAGAUAUGCCGCUUUAUUGGAUGUUUUGUCAGCCCUCAUCCCUCAUAGCGCAAACGCGACAAUUCUCCUGAACCUGAUCCUUACGACAAUGACUACUCUGCACCAUACUCAAGAUUCGAUUCAUCUGUCAUCACUGCGCGACCUGUUUGUCCAAACAGCGACUCCAACAUGGCAAAUGUUGGGAGUUUGGUUACAACACGGUAUGCCUAUUCCAUCAUCCCUCCUAGAUCCGGAAGAAACCUAUACGUCGACUUUUGAUAAUAGUGACGAAAGGCCACUGGAGACUGAAUUCUUCAUCAAGAGAGAUCGAGAUGUCAGUUGGGCGGAUGAAGAUUUCUACGAGAGUGGUUUUGUAGUAUCCGAAGAUGGAUGGCCUGAAUGGCUGGGUGAAGAUGUAGGCGAAUUAGUCUUAGAAGCGGGGAAAGCCAAAGGGUUACUCCGAAGCCUAUUAGGUGGAAUCGCCUGUGACGACGAUUGGGUAAGCCUGGAUGAGGUUCUCGCCAUAACAACCAUUGUGGAUCAAGUGGAUUCAUCUGUAACUCGCAAGACUGAAGAAAGGGUGAACGUCAUUGAGGCAAUAACAAACCACUUGAAACCAAUGUGUCAGUUAACUCAGUUUCACCUUCGAAGGGUAUUGGAUGAAGAUUGUGGAUUGGAGCAACACCUGAAUGCCAUUGAAGGACUCAUGUAUCAUCGCGGAUUUGAGAUAUUGUAUGAAUGGACUGAGGGGUUGUUUCAGAAAAUCAAUGCAAAUGAGAAAUGGGCGGACUUUCAAACACUAACAAGCACUUUAAGAGAUGCCAUUGAGAAACAAUCAGCAGGAUGGAUGAACCCUACCGCCAUACGAAUUCGAGCUCUGAGAUCGUCCGGUCCACUCGUGGGGCCCAGAGCACUAAGUAUCCUUCGAGCGAAUUACGAAGUCCCUUUCCCUCUCUCACAACUUUUCACUUCGACUUCCAUCGAUCUCAGAGCGGAAGUAUUCACUCUUAUCCUUCAACUACGCAUGGCCCGAUACCUCCUAACGCAAAGCAAAACAUUGGAUCGAGAUCUCACUGCCCGUCUCGAAGAUGGAGGAGAAGGUGAAAUUAGAUCUAUGUGGAGAAUGAGGCAGAAACUUCUCUGGUUCAUCGAUACCGUCCAUAUUUGGUUAACAGGCCAAAUUAUAGAUGCGCAGAGUAACGACUUUAGGAGGAAGUUGAGCGAGAUGACUAGUCUGAGAUCUAUGAUUGCACACGAGCUAGAACACACUCGAAAGAUACGGAAUUUUUGUUUCCUCCAUGCUUCUACUUCAGAAAUAUACGAAUUGUUACAAGAUAUAUUUGAUAUGGUUCACACUUUAUCGGAAUGUUUCGCUUCUUAUCUCGUUCAAUCAGCUUCGCAAACAAAAUCGAAAAAUGACUUCGUUACUCAGCGUCGACCCCAACGUAGAAGACGGAGACGAAGUCGUGAAGACUAUUCAUCAGACGAGGACAGUGGUAAUACCUAUAGAGAAGCGUCUAUUUCUUUCGUGGCACUCAGUCUAGGAGAAAGGAUGAACAGGAUGAGCAAGGACACGGAUAUGUAUAUCCAGCAAAUUAGAGAAGGGGUUGAUGCCCUUUCGAUGAAUCUCAAUGGGGAAGAGGAUGGAUGGGCGAUGUUAUCGUUUGCUUUAGAAGAAUGGAAAUAG